AUGAAUAAAAAUACAAUAUUUAAUAACAAAGAUGAGUUAUUGAAAUAUUGUAUAGAGGAUGUGAAUAUUUUGAAAAAGGCCUGUUUAAAAUUUAGAAAUUUGUUGCAUACAAUUACGGGUGUUGAGCCAUUUUAUCAAACUACCUUGCCGGGCACAACAAUGCAAAUAUUCACUUCGCUUUUCAUGAAAAAUCAGCAAAUAUCCAUUAUACCACGAAAUGGAUAUAGGUUUUCAGAUAAUCAAUCUGUUAAAGCCAUAAAGUGGCUUGAAUGGGAGGCCAAUGUAAGAAAACUAAAAAUUCAUUCGGCAGCAAACGGACGUGAAGUUCGUAUAGCCAAUGAUAUAUUAGUUGAUGGAUUUGCUUACCCCAACAAAGUAUUCAGUUUUUUGGGGUGUUAUUGGCAUCAAUGUGUUGAAUGUUUUCCCAAUCAAUAUCACGCGAAUCCUGAAAGAAAUUCAAAAUUAAGUCUUCUCUACGAAUCGACUAUAUCACGUGCCAAGAAAAUACGUGCACUUGGAUUCGAACUGAUUGAAAUAUGGGAGCAUGACUUUGAUGCAAUGUUAAAAGAAAACCCUGAAAUAAAUGAGUAUAUUAUUACUCUGGAUCACUUAAAAGUCGAUCCACUGAAUCCACGGGAUGCAUUCAUGGGAGGUCGAACAGGUGUUUGCAAAAUGUACCACAAAGUUGCCCCUGGUGAAAAAAAUUUCUACAAAGAUGUGACCUCUUUGUAUCCAUAUAUAAAUAAGUAUGGCAAAUAUCCAAUUGGAGUCCAAAAAUUCUGCUUGGGUCAGAUCUUGAAGGCCGAAACGUAUUUAACAUCGAUGGUGUGA